ACGUCGCUGGGCCCGGCGUCGCGUCAGGGCUGGCCGGCGGUGGCGGCGGCGGCGGCGGCGGAGGCGGCGAUGGCAGCGGACACUGAGCGGGCGUGAGGGCUCGGACCUGCUCCCUCCCGCGCGACCUCGGGCCCGACCCGGCGCUGCGGUCCCUGCUCUCUCCCCUCCUGCUUCCUCCCCGGCCGCUGCCUGGGCGGAGGCGGAGGCGGAGGCCCGGGCUGGCCGCCCUGCUCGUGCCCCGGCUCGGCCCCGGACGGCCCGGCUGCUGUGCGGAGAGGAGGCCGAGUCGGUAGUGAAAAGCAAAUACGGAAGAAAUAGGAUCUCAAGAUGAGUAAAAAGCCCCCAAAUCGUCCUGGAAUCACUUUUGAGAUUGGUGCGCGUUUGGAGGCCCUGGACUACUUACAGAAAUGGUAUCCGUCACGGAUUGAAAAAAUCGACUAUGAGGAGGGCAAGAUGUUGGUCCACUUUGAGCGUUGGAGUCAUCGUUAUGAUGAGUGGAUUUACUGGGAUAGCAAUAGGUUGAGACCCCUGGAGAGACCCGCAUUAAGAAAAGAAGGGCUAAAAGAUGAGGAAGAUUUCUUUGAUUUUAAAGCUGGAGAAGAAGUUUUGGCUCGUUGGACAGACUGUCGCUAUUACCCUGCCAAGAUUGAAGCAAUUAACAAAGAAGGAACAUUCACAGUUCAGUUUUACGAUGGAGUAAUUCGUUGUUUAAAAAGAAUGCACAUUAAAGCCAUGCCCGAGGAUGCUAAGGGGCAGUUUCUGUUCCAGGUGAAAUCCCAGCAUCCACUAAGCUGGUGUUGUCCUAUCGACCCAGCUGGAUCGUGGAACCAGUCUAUGGGAAGUGAGGACUGGAUAGCUCUAGUCAAAGCGGCUGCUGCUGCUGCAGCCAAGAACAAAACAGGGAACAAACCUCGCGCCAGCGCUAACAGCAAUAGAGACAAAGAUGAGCGGAAAUGGUUGAAAGUACCUUCGAGGAAGGAAGAGACUUCGACUUCUAUAGCUUCGCCGGAAGUUGAGAAGAAGGAAGAGCUGCCCACAUCUAGUGAAACAUUUGUAGGACUUCAUGUAGAGAACGUUCCAAAGAUGGUCUUUCCACAGCCAGAGAGCACAUUAUCAAACAAGAGGAAAAAUAACCAAGGCAACUCAUUUCAGGCAAAGAGAGCUCGACUUAACAAGAUUACUGGUUUGUUGGCAUCCAAAGCUGUUGGGGUGGAUGGUGCUGAAAAAAAGGAAGACUUCAAUGAAACGGCUCCAAUGCUGGAGCAGGCGAUUUCACCUAAACCUCAAAGUCAGAAAAAAAAUGAAGCUGACAUUAGCAGUUCUGCCAACACUCAGAAACCUGCACUGUUAUCCUCAACUUUGUCUUCAGGGAAGGCUCGCAGCAAGAAAUGCAAACAUGAAUCUGGAGAUUCUUCUGGGUGUAUAAAACCCCCUAAAUCACCACUUUCCCCAGAAUUAAUACAAGUCGAGGAUUUGACGCUUGUAUCUCAGCUUUCUUCUUCAGUGAUAAAUAAAACUAGUUCUCCACAGCCUGUGAACCCCCCUAGACCUUUCAAGCAUAGUGAGCGGAGAAGAAGAUCUCAGCGCUUAGCCACCUUGCCCAUGCCUGAUGAUUCCAUAGAAAAGGUGUCUCCUCCCUCUCCAGCCACUGAUGCGAGCAUGUUCUCCAUCAGUUCUCAGAAUCAGCAAGAGUCUUCAGUACCAGAGGUGCCCGAUGUUGCACAUUUGCCACUCCAGAAGCUGGGACCCUGUCUCCCUCUUGACUUAAGUCGUGCCUCGGAAGUUUCGGCACCACCCGCCCCAGAACCCGUUUGUCCUCAUGAAUGUCCCAGGCCAGAAAAGGAAGACGCACAGAUGCUUACGAAUCCCUCGUCCAGAGCGAUAGCUGAUGGAAAAGGAGCUCCAACAGCAUCAGGACUGUCGAAAACAGAAAAAAAAGUGAAAUUGGAAGAAAAAAGCUCAACAGCAUUUGGUAAGAGAAGAGAGAAGGAUAAGGAAAGAAAAGAGAAGAAAGACAAAGAUCACUACAAACCAAAACAGAAGAAGAAAAAGAAAAAGAAAAAGAAAUCCAAGCAGCAUGCUGCUAGACAGGCGAAAAUUACAAGGUGGGCGUGUCAGAUGUCGCUGAAGCAGUGGAGACCACUGUCCGACCCCUGUGGAAAACGGUCGGCCAUCGGCAGGUUGUGGCUGCCACGUCCCUACAGUGCCUCACUAAGCUCACGGGACCCAUCAGGAGGCAUUUACAAGAAUGUCCGUCUCUGCACUGGCAUCGGCCCAGGUGUCCAUCAGAAGUCACACAUCCAUUCCUUGGAAUCCAUAUCACUUUACUAUUCAGACUAUGAAGACAGUUCUCUAGAAUUUCUGGAAAGGUGCUCUUCUCCACUAACUCGAUCUUCUGGGAGUUCUCUGGCUCUGCGAAGCAUGUUUACGGAGAAAAAUACAACAUAUCAGUACCCAAGGGCAAUUUUGUCAGUUGAUCUUAGUGGUGAAAACUUAUCGGAUGUGGAAUUCCUCGACGAUUCUUCAACAGAGAGUUUACUUCUAAGUGGGGAUGAGUACAAUCAGGACUUCGAUUCCACCAAUUUUGAGGAAUCUCAGGAGGAAGAUGAUGCUCUUAAUGAGAUCGUGCGAUGUAUUUGUGAAAUGGAUGAGGAGAACGGCUUCAUGAUCCAGUGCGAAGAGUGUCUGUGCUGGCAGCACAGCGUGUGCAUGGGGCUCCUGGAGGAGAGCAUCCCCGAGCAGUACGUCUGCUACAUCUGCAGGGACCCUCCCGGUCAGAGGUGGAGCGCAAAAUACCGCUAUGAUAAGGAUUGGUUGGAUAACGGGAGAAUGUGCGGGUUAUCGUUUUUGAAGGAAAAUUAUUCUCAUCUCAAUGCCAAAAAGAUAGUUUCCACCCACCACCUGCUUGCUGAUGUCUAUGGAGUCACGGAAGUCCUGCACGGGCUACAGCUGAAGAUUGGAAUUCUGAAGAAUAAACAUCAUCCCGACCUCCAUCUCUGGGCUUGUUCUGGAAAGCGAAAAGACCAAGAUCAAGGAAUUGCGGGGGUAGAGAAAAAAAUGACAGCACAAGACACAGGGAGUGUUGAGGAGAAGAAAUACCACGUUCAGAACCACAAAGAACCACCUCGUGUGCCCCUAAAAAUGGAAGGAACUUACAUAACAAGUGAGCACAGCUACCAAAAGCCACAAAAUUUUGGUCAAGACUGCAAAUCUCUCGCAGACCCCGGGAGCUCAGACGACGACGAUGUUAGUAGUUUUGAAGAAGAACAAGAAUUCCGCAGGAAAGAUAAAAACCGUUCACAGUAUUCAGUGAAAGAAGAUGGGAUGCCUGACAAGAAGAAUCCGGCUGAAAGGAAUACGGUAUUUAUUUAUAAUGAUAAAAAGAGCACUGACGACUCAGGACACGCACAUCUUCAGUGGCAGCUCAAUCUCCUUACACACAUAGAGAAUGUCCAGAAAGAAGUUGCCAGCAGGAUGGACCUAAUAGAAAAAGAAGUCGAUGGUAAUUUUAAGAAAGAACUAAAAUACAGUGACUCUAUUCUGGAAAGCUGGCUUGAUUUCACAGGGGAGUUGGAGCCACCGGAUCCUCUUGCCAGACUGCCCCAACUUAAACGCCAUAUCAAACAGCUCCUAAUCGACAUGGGCAAAGUACAGCAGAUAGCGACUCUUUGCUCCGUAUGACAGCAGUGAAAGCCGAAUGAAAAGAACGUGGGUCUCUUCAGGCGAUCGUUUUUAUUAUCCACAUGACUGCUACGUGGAUAGUUAUAAAAAGCUUAGUGUUGUUUGGUCAUUUACUGAUUUGUGACAUCAAUAGGAUGGCACCUUGGAAAGGAAAAUGAAGAACAGCUUUAUCAAGGAAGCUGAUGUUAAAAAAAAAGCUUAUGAGCAAGCUACAAACGAUAAUGUGAUCUAUGCCAGGGAUCAAUGACGUGGAAUAUAACCUAUGCCAAGGAAAUCGAGUUGGCAGGAGUUUUGAAUAGUUGCUUAAGCACGAAGCUCGAGACACCUGUAGAAAGAAGUAUGGUGUGUUGAUGUAAUUUUUAGUAGAGAGGCCCAUGUUACGAAGCAGAAUUUGGCCUACAGCACAAUUGUAGAGGAAAUGGAAAUUCCGGAGAGUUCUGUAAGGUUGCUUAGACGAACUGUCUUCUCCACAGUUCGGCCGGCCGCACCGCAGUUUAGAGUAUUUAAACUCCUAUAGGAUCAUGAGCUGUUUGUUAGGUGAUGAAUGUCCUUAAUCAGAAAACUGACAGUGGAAGCCUCACUUCCCAGGAAAACAGUUGUGGAAUUCUUGCUCCAUUAUGAUUACAUAUUUAAAAACAAAUGCCAAAUAAUUGGAAUUUAUUUUGCAGGCAGUAAGCUCAUUGUAAACAGAAUGGCUCACAGAAGGGUCAGCGUGCCAAAUGACGAUGACGCUGCUGGGGAGAGAACGUUAAAUACCCUGGGAGUUCUACUCCCAACGUCUUACAUAGGCCGUCAGCCCAUCAGACACCCGAUAUCCUACACGGGACACACGUACUCUGUAGAGUUGAAUGCGGUAUUCAGGCAUCGGCGUACAGCUUGAUCCUGAGUAUGCUUGGUGUUUGCCUUCAGAUAAAAAUUGUAAAUAACCUCAGCUGGGAUGAGGAGUGACAAAAAUGUCAAAACAAUUUGUGGCUGUGGAUUUUUUUAACUGCUGGUAGUGGAAUACUGGAAACGCUUCAUUUCUGAAGAUGAAUUUUAUUUUUAAAAAAUACACGCGCACUCAAAAUGUUUAGCUUUGGUCACAAAUGGACAAAUUUCUGAAACCAAAGGCAACUGGAAGUUGCUGAGUUAGCUCUUGCUGGAGUUCGGGCCCGGGCCCUCCUGUCUGCCAGUGCCCUUGGGAGUCGUGUGCCACCAUGCUUUGUGCGCAGGUGUGCGUCCGCGUGUGCUUGUUUGAAACAAACACUCAACGUACAUAUGUACAUAGUCUACACAUAUUUAUAUCUACACAUAUCUAGUUUUAUUACUAUAGACUAUAAGAGUUGGUGGUUAACAUGAAAUGUUACCUUUUAACAGACUGUUUUUAAAAAUUAAAAAUGUAUGUACAGGUUUUGAAACUUUUUUAAAAAGGGGGAAAAAGACUGUUAAGAGGAGGCUAUUUGAUGAUAUAACACUUGAAUAUUUUAUGCCUCAUUCUGUUUAUCAGUUCUAGCGAUCUGUGUAAAUGCAUUGUAGAACUGAUACACAGUAAACUUGAAUUUAUCUUUGAUAAGAAUACAUGCCACUGUACAUUCAGAUAUUAUUUAAAUUUGCAAACACACUGUUCUAUAUGUAAGGUACUGUAUGUAAAACUCUUUAUUAAAACUAUUCCACAUAUCCUGAAAUUUCAGCUUGCCUUUUUGUGGCCUUAUAUUUUGAUGUAAAGACGAUUAAAAGAAUGUGCAAAACA